AUGGAGCAGGAUGUCGAAGAACGUAGGGCUCAAGGUGAGCAGCUGCACUGCGCCAGGCAGAAUGCCCCGCGCUUCACCGAGCUCUACGCCGCUGGCCCCAUACGCGAACUUUUCGCCAUUGGAGAUGGAAAGUGCGGAGGAUUUUGCCAGCGACGCUCCCAUCCACCGAACAAUCCGCCAUCUCUGCGAGUGCAGCCAGAAUCUACUCCCAACACCAUCAGAUUCCCGUCAAGUCCACCGCACUCGCACCGACACCCGAUCAAUCAACCGAUCAGUUCAGUCAAGAUGGUUCUCGCCGUUGAUCUCCUCAACCCCUCCCCGGCCGCCGAGGCCCGCAAGCACAAGCUCAAGACCCUUGUGCCUGCCCCCCGCUCCUUCUUCAUGGACGUCAAGUGCCCCGGCUGCUUCACCAUCACCACCGUCUUCUCCCACGCCCAGACCGUCGUCAUCUGCCAGGGAUGCACCACUGUCCUGUGCCAGCCUACCGGUGGUAAGGCGAGACUCACCGAGGGCUGCUCUUUCCGCAGAAAGUAAACUGUCCACCGCGACGGUUUCUUUGUAGCCCUUGGGUAUUAACGACUUGGACGGUUCAUCAAUGGUGGGACAUCUCGGAUCUGCAAAAGCAAGCGACCUGGGCAUGGGCGUAUAGACAACCCUGGCACGGGCUCUUAGAGUCUGCUGUCUUCGAACAGAACAUAAUCAGACAACCUUUGCGGGUAGAAGAUGGAACAUCCAAAAAUUCCUUGACCACAAAAACACAGGGGCGUUUGGGGGUCUCCGGAUAUCCUUUGCAUCACCAAAUCGACGCAUUUUUCUCAGUUUUCAUUCCUCGCGGCCGACGAACAAACAAAAAAGCAAAAUCAGUCAAACAACUCGCUCUCUCUCUCGUCCCACGCCCGUCUCUCUUGCUGCGAUGCGUCACGCCUUUCUUGUUACCGAUGGGUUUUUUUCUAGGUCGUUGUCUUAUCUGCAUGGGUGGACAGCUGGAAAUGGCUUUUCACAUGAGCGUUGGAGAGGUCUGCGACAUGGCCCCUCAGGACGUGAGGACGUGGAACCUGCUGAUUGAGGAUCGCUUCAUACCCGAGUGCAGUGAGUUCGGAGGAUUCAGCACUGCUCGCGAAAUUCAAUGGUUUCCACACAUUCUCGCCCUCGACUCGUAUCGUGAUUUAUCUAGCUACCCUCUUCACCCGACAUGCUGUUGAUUAUCCGUAGACCGUAAGAUGAUGUUGCGUGCUCGCGUGCACCUUGGCG